AUGGAGACGCGUAUCUUGGCUGUCGACGCGCGCAAAAUUGGACGAGUUGUUGCGAUACCACGGAGUAACGAUGUGCUUGAUGACUUGGACAUUGAGUUGGAUUCGCAUCUCAUCGAUUCCCAGCGUCUCGAGGAUGCUGCAGCGCAGCUGAGAACGUCUGACAUUCCUGUAGCAUUUCCUACCGAGACCGUCUAUGGUCUAGGUGCAGACGCAACCAGAAGCGCUGCUGUCCAAGGCAUCUACAAGGCUAAGCAAAGACCCUCCGAUAACCCACUCAUCGUUCACUUUGCUUCUCUCAGUCAAUUGAGGUCGUUGCUUCGGGGCUCCAGCCCUCAUCGUUCCAAUGGCACUCAUACAACAGUCACCGCGGACGAUCCGAUACCUGAGAUUUACAGACCUCUGAUCUCUCGCUUUUGGCCGGGUCCACUGACCAUCAUAUUGCCUAAUCCGGAAAAUUCUCCGUUGGCUCCGGAGGUCACUGCAGGACUCAGCACCUUUGGCGCGCGUAUGCCGCGACACAUACUGGCUCUGGCCUUGAUAAAGCUGGCAGGCGUCCCUGUCGCAGCUCCGUCUGCCAACGCCUCCACAAAACCUUCACCAACAGCUGCAGAACACGUGGCAUAUGAUCUCGAAGGUCGGAUCGAARCCAUUAUCGACGGCGGUCCGUGCGAUAUUGGAGUUGAGAGCACUGUCGUAGAUGGUCUAUCGAAUCCGCCUGCCCUCUUGAGACCCGGAGGUUUGAGCUUGGACCAGAUUCGAACUGUCCCUGGAUGGGAAAACACUCAAAUUGCUUAUAAGAACAAAGCCGAGACAGAUAGUCAACCGCGGGCCCCUGGAAUGAAGUAUCGACACUACUCUCCAAAAGCUACUGUGAUUCUUUACGAGGCGGGUCGAGAGCCGCCAACGAUUGAUGAACUCUUGCGACAUGUUGGAGCCCACGCUCGCGUUGGCAUCGUUCAGACAGAGUCAUGGACGCUCGAUAUCAGCUCAUCUCUCCUUAUUCGGUCAGACACUCAGAAGAAUUUACCGGGAAACAUAGAGGAUGCUCAAAAAACCUUUGGGUUUGCAGGUAUGCUUCUCGAUGUGCGUGCAGCAGACCGAAGCAAGCCUACGAUAGUAUCGUAUCAGGUGAACAAAGAUCAAUUGAAGCGCAUAUUGGCCAUCGACUUGGGUGCGAGAACCGGAGACAUUGCCAGAGGUCUGUUCUCGGCCUUGCGAGAUCUCGAUCGGCAGGACGUCGAUGCCAUAUUUGUCGAAGGAAUUGACGAGACCGGGAAUGGAACGGCAGCAGCCAUAAUGAACCGACUUCGGAAAGCUGCGGAAAUCAGAAUUGACUGA